AUGUUCGUCGCUGGAUCUAGUUCUUUUACAGGAUCACCAAAAAUGGAGCCCGAGAAUCGUUUUAUGCAUGGGAAAAAUGUGCUCAUCACUGGGUCCACAUCGGGCAUCGGGCUACACGCGGCAAAACAUUUCUAUUCCCUUGGUGCCUCAGUGAUUAUCACGUAUCGAGAAGCGGAAAGAGGCAAAAAAGCGGUGGAAACGGUGGUGGAGAGUGCGGUGGCGAUGGAAGGGCAAAGUGUGAUGAUGUUGGAGUUAGACCUUUGCUCAUUCAUUUCCGUAGACAAUUUCUGUACGGAAGUGAAAAACGCGUUGAAAUCGCUUGAUGUUCUUGUUUGCAAUGCUGGUGUGAUGGGAAGACCGUUUGAGCUAACGACGAACGGAGUCGAGUCUCACUUUGCCGCCAAUCAACUCGGGCAUUUCAUCUUGGUGAGACAAUUGAUCGAAUUGAUAGAAAAAGCGGAGAAUGGAAGGAUCAUCGUGGUGUCGAGUGGAUAUUAUAAACAGGCGACCGUGAUGCGUACCCGGAAAGAGUUGAUGGGUGAAUCGAUCUGGGAUUACACGCCGACGAUCGCCUAUGCAAAUAGUAAACUCGCGAAUUGCCUCUUUGUGAGAGAUUUGGAAAGGAGAUUGACAGAAAGAGGAAGUCCAGUGAAAGUUUUCUGUGUUCGUCCCGGUUUCAUUAAAGGAACCGAUUUGGGAAGAGAGACAUCCUGGUUUCUACGAACCAUCGCCACUCCAGUUAUUUGGGCUUUCGCAAGCAAUUUGGAUCAAGGAAUCUCUGGGAUCGUUCACUGUGCGACGAGUGAUUUCGAUGAGUUGAUCAGUGGAAAACUGUACUAUCAAGAUCAAAUGGAGGAAUGCACUGAUACGGUCACCGCCGAGAAUGGUCUUCGUUUAUGGCGAAUGUGCGAGAGAAUGGAGACAUUGAUAGCCGAGAGAUCGCACGGGAAAAUCGCGACUCCACGAGUGAUUCAAUGGCCGAAAUUCGAUGACCGAAACGUCAAAAACGAAAGU